ACAGGAGCCAUUCACGGCUGCUCCACUAUUUUCAGUGUUUCUGUGCUCGAAGUGAGCUCCUCGUGCGGCUUGUUUCAUUUGCAAUUACAUCUUUGUACUCCCCUCUUGUGUUUGGAGUGUUCUCCGCAAUUCUUUCUCUCGUAACGCCAGAGAACUCGACAUAAAAAAUGUCAGCUCGCAACCCAGCCGAAGAUCAACUCAACCUCCACAAGAAGAGCCUGAAGGGCGCUCAGUCUGUGGUGACGACGAAACAUGGAGCGCCGAUCGGCCUGCGCACCGCCACGCAGACGGUGGGCCCGAACGGGCCGGUGCUGCUGCAGGACCACCAGUUCCUGGACGAGAUGUCGGCCUUUGAUCGCGAGCGCAUCCCGGAGCGCGUGGUGCAUGCGAAGGGCGCCGGAGCUUUCGGCUUCUUCGAGGUGACUCACGACGAGAUCCAGAAGUACUGCGCCGCGAAGGUGUUUGACACGGUGGGCAAGAAGACACCCAUCGCCAUCCGCUUCUCCACGGUGGGCGGCGAGAGUGGAUCGGCUGACUCGGCGCGUGACCCGCGCGGCUUCGCCAUGAAGUUCUACACGGAGGAUGGCAUCUGGGAUUUGGUGGGCAACAACACGCCCAUCUUCUUCAUUCGCGACCCCAUGCUCUUCCCCAGCUUCAUUCACACGCAGAAGAGGAAUCCCGCGACGCAUCUGAAGGACCCCGACAUGUUCUGGGACUUCAUCUCGCUCCGUCCGGAGACCACGCACCAGACGGCCUUCCUGUUCUCCGAUCGCGGCAUUCCCGAUGGCUAUCGCCACAUGAACGGCUACGGAUCGCACACAUUCAAGACCAUCAAUGCCAAGGGCGAGGCUUUCUACGUGAAGUUCCACUCGAAGACGGAUCAGGGUAUCAAGAAUCUGCCCGUGGAGCGCGCCACCGAGCUGGCCUCCAGUGAUCCCGACUACUCCAUCAGGGAUCUGUACAAUGCCAUCGCCAAGGGCAACUUCCCCAGCUGGACGUUCUACAUCCAGGUGAUGACGUUCGAGCAGGCGGAGAAGUUCAAGUACAACCCCUUCGACCUGACCAAGAUCUGGCCGCAGGGUCAGUUCCCGCUCAUCAAGGUGGGCAAAUUCACGCUGGAUCGCAAUCCCAACAACUACUUCGCUGAGGUGGAGCAGAUCGCCUUCUCGCCGUCGCACUUCGUGCCCGGCAUCGAGGCGUCGCCCGACAAGAUGCUGCAGGGACGUCUGUUCGCCUACUCGGACACUCAUCGCCACCGUCUGGGCGCCAACUUCCUCCAGCUGCCGGUCAACUGUCCGUACCGUGUGUCGCCUAAGACGUACCAGCGCGACGGGCCGAUGUGCUUCACGGACAACCAGGGCGGCGCCCCCAACUACCAUCCCAACUCCUUCGGCGGCCCCGAGGACUGCCCACGCGUGCUGAAGCUCAAUCCGCCGUACAAGCUGAGCGGUGAUGUGGCGCGCUACGACAAUAGCGAGACCGAGGACAACUUCAGUCAGGUGACGGACUUCUACAGGCGAGUGCUGGACGCUCCGGCACGCGAGCGCCUCGCGCAGAACAUCGCUGGCCACCUGAAGGACGCCAGUCCCUUCAUCCAGGAGCGCGCCGUGAAGAACUUCGCCCAGGUGGACACGUCGCUGGGCCAGAAGCUCACCGAGCUGCUCAACAUGUACGAGCGCAAGAAGUGCGCCAAUCUCUAAGCGCCCAGAGAUUGACUUCGGUUGCGGUGUUUUUCGUUUAUUUUUCUAUAUAUUCCCUUCACAGUUAUUGCAUGAUUUUGGGGAAAUUCUUCUUUCCAAUAUGUACGAUUUUGUAAGGAUCAAUCAAUGAGAUAAAUAAAGUUCAUUCCGGAAUUUUA